UCGCAGCCUUCACGCGGCGCGUUCUUAAGUCGAAGAAGAAGGAAAGCAAGAAGCCGGACGCUACGAGAAGUGUGUUGUCUCCGACCGUUCCACCGUCGCAGUAUGGAUGUCGAGGAGUACCAGAACCUGCUCAGUCCGAUGGGCUCCGAGGAGCGGCUGCUGCAGGAUCAGCAACAGAUGCUGCUGCUGGAGCAGCAGGUGCAGCGAGGGGUGGAGCAGGAAGAGCGCAAGGAACGGUCCUGGCGCAUCACGUACAUCGUGGGCGUUCCCACCCUGCUGCUACCGCUGCCGCUCUACAUGAAUAGCAAGGCCGGGUGGUGCGUCUACUGCAUGGUGUGGAUGGCCAUGUACUGGACCACCGAGAUCAUCCCGCUGCCGGCGACGGCGUUGCUGCCGCUGGCCAUGUUCCCGCUCCUGGGCAUCCUCAGCACCGGCGAAACGACCGCCCUGUACUUCAACAACAUCGGCUUCAUCAUCCUGAGCUCGCUGACGCUGGCCGCCGCCGUGGAGUGCACCAACCUCCACAAGCGCGUCGCCCUCAAGUCUCUGCUCAUCUUCGGCAUGAGCAAGCGAAGGAUAGUGUUCGCCAUCAUGAUGAUCAGCAUGUUCCUGUCCUUGUGGAUCCCAAACACCGCGUCCGCCUCCAUCAUGGGUCCCAUCACCCUCGCCGUAGCCGACCAGAUGCAGAAGUCGUCGAACAAGUUCGGGAGAGGGUUUCAAUUGCGAAGGGACAUUGCCAGCGCUGUAGACAACGAGCAGCUGCGUUCGAGCGAGAUAACGGCGUACGUGCGCAAGAUGAUGCUGUUGUCGGUGACGUACGCGUGCAACGUCGGCGGCACUGGCUCGCUCAUCGGCACCGCGCCGAACCAGAUCCUCAAGAACAUCUUCGACCAGCGGUUUCCGGAAGCAAACGAGCUGACGUACGCCUGGUGGAUGCUGCUUAACGGGCCCGCCAUGAUCAUGCUCCUACUGCUGGCGUACGCUUACGUGCAGUGGAGCAUCGAGCGCAAGGGUGGAGCCACCAUGCUGGGAGGUACGGCCGAAGCCAAGCUGACCGCUGAGGUCACACGCAGGUACAACGACCUCGGACCACUGUCGUUCGCGGAGGCAACGGUCGUGUUCAUGGUGGUGCUGGUGGUGCUCCUACUGCUCACGAUGAAGCCGCAGAUCCUGCCCGGAUGGUCCUCGAUGUUUCCGGAACCGCAGUACAUCCGGGCGUCAGUGCCGAUGGUGUUGGUGUCCGUGCUGCUGUUCGUGAUUCCGCGCGACCCGACCAUCAACGAAACGGUUCCCAUCCUGACCUGGGACGAGGUCAACAGCCGCGUCUCCUGGGGCACCGUGCUGGUCAUCUGCGGCGGCAUGACUCUCGCCGAAGCAUCCAAGAAAAGUGGCCUCUCCCACACGGUGGCCACCACGCUGGCCGUUCUCGAGUCAGUGCCAAGCAAGCUCGUGCUGUCGGCGCUCUGUCUGCUGGCGUCGUUCAUGAGCGAGCUGGCCAGCAACUCGGCCGUUAGCUCGCUGAUGAUACCCGUCGUCAUUGACCUGGCUGUGCUAACGAAGAACCACCCGCUGUACUACGCUCUGCCCGUGGCGGUGUGCUGCUCCUUCUCGUUCAUGCUGCCCGUCGCCACGCCCACCAACGCCAUCGUCUACGACCUCGGACACAUGAAGCCGCGUGACAUGGCACGUCCGGGUGUGCUGAUGAACCUGAUGACGGUGACGGGUGAAAUCCUGUCCGUGCACAUAGUGGCAAUGUACCUGCUCGGCCUCGACUCGGUGCCCUGGUGGGCCAUGGAGUACAGCGUCAGCUUGGCCAGCACCAACACCAGUCACCUGGCCCGCGCCGCACGCCGUGCCGGCGUCGAUGUUGCCGACUCCGUGGCACCCCCGGCCCCGCACCCGCGCUGGUAGCCGCGGCCAGCUCUUCGGCUGCCGACGCUCUGGGUGCGUGUAAAGAGGCAGCCGAGGGCUACCUCUUUGGACGCAGCUUUAUCGAAGGCGGCGUGUUCUGUGACGGCGGCUGUGAAGACGGCUCGGAAACUUGUGGCUUUGCGCGCUGUUCCUCGCACGUCUUUUGGGCUUGCACGGAGCGCGAUUACGCAGUGAACUGUGUAUAUAUUAUUUUACGACUCAAACGCUGCAUACUCUGCCAUGUUCGCGACGUUUCCUCUUCUUCCUUUCUUCUUUUGUUGUCUACAUAUAGCAUAUUGAUUGUUAGAGAGUAUGGAAUUUUCUUGUUCUCAUCCAUAAGUAUUUACAUUCAAUCUUGUGGCAGUUUAUUUGUGUUUCCAGUUCUCACUAUAACCGAGUGCGUUGUGCGA